CUCCCAAGUAGGGUUGUUAAGUGAGAACUACUUGUAUGUUCAUUGCUCUGAGUUGCAGUUGCAAAAUAGGUGGCUAUAAAAAUCGGAUAAAUGGUUUUAGUACCUGUGAAUUGCACUCUUCCAAGUUUCAGGUUCUUUGGGCCUCUGAUAGAAUCUUUAAGGAAAUUUGUUUUCAUGAACUUUAUCUACUUUACAGAUUUUAAAAGAUGGAUUUGGCCAACCAUGGACUUAUUCUUCUACAGCAGCUUAAUGCUCAGAGGGAGUUUGGUUUCCUGUGUGACUGCACAGUUGCUAUUGGUGAUGUGUACUUUAAGGCACACAAAUCCGUCCUUGCCUCUUUUUCCAACUACUUCAAGAUGUUGUUUGUUCAUCAAAGCAGUGAAUGUGUCCGUUUGAAGGCAGCUGACAUACAGCCAGAUAUUUUCAGUUACCUCUUGCAUUUGAUGUACACUGGAAAGAUGGCACCUCAGCUGAUAGAUCCCGUUCGACUAGAGCAAGGGAUAAAAUUCUUGCACGCUUAUCCGCUGAUUCAGGAGGCUAGUCUUGCCAGCCAAGGAAACUUUGCACACCCAGAGCAAGUUUUCCCAUUGGCAUCGUCAUUAUAUGGUAUUCAAAUUGCAGAUCACCAAGCAAGAAAUCCCACAAAGGCAGUGACAGCACCUGACAAGCCUUUGCGAGAAGCACGGCCCCAGCUUUCGAGAGUGAACCAGGAACAAGUGCAUGAAGCCUCCCAGCUAUCCCAGAUACCACCGCCAAGUUUGCCUCAAGUGCCCCCAACAAAUAUGGCUCCCUCUGACCCACUGCAGUCUUCACUGUCUCCAGAGUUAGUAUCAGCUGCUUCUCAUCCUUCGCCAGGAGAUGAAACUAAUAUGGAAGCCUCUUCCUCAGAUGAUCAACCUGCCUCCCUCACAAUAGCACACGUUAAGCCAAGCAUAAUGAAAAAGAAUGGAAGUUUUCCCAAAUAUUAUGCCUGCCACCUUUGUGGUCGACGUUUCAAUUUGCGAAGUAGCUUACGUGAGCAUCUCCAAAUUCACACAGGAGUGCCCUUCGCAUCCAACCAGCAUGGAGAGAGUAGCAUUCCCUUAUCUCUUUGUAAUAAUGCUCCUGAAAAAGAUGCCAUGGAAGUGCCUGAAGCUGGAAUGAUCAGUGACAGUGAGCUGCAGCAGAUCUCAGAUUCACCAAUAAUUGACGGGCAGCAGCAAGCAGAAACCCCUCCGCCCUCCGAUAUCGCUGAUAUCGACAACUUGGAGCAGGCAGACCAAGAAAGAGAAGUGAAAAGGCGAAAGUACGAGUGUUCCAUUUGUGGACGCAAAUUCAUCCAGAAAAGCCACUGGAGAGAGCACAUGUACAUACAUACUGGCAAGCCUUUCAAGUGCAGUACUUGUGACAAAAGUUUCUGCCGGGCCAAUCAGGCUGCUAGGCAUGUAUGUCUCAACCAAAGCAUGGACACCUACACCAUGGUGGACAAGCAGACUCUGGAGCUCUGUACCUUCGAGGAAGGCAACCAAAUGGACAACCUGUUAGUGCAGACCAACAAACCCUAUAAGUGCAACUUGUGUGACAAGACAUUCUCCACGCCUAACGAAGUUGUCAAACAUUCUUGCCAAAGUCAGAACUCUGUUUUUACUUUGGAAGAGGAGAGGUCCAUUCUGCUAAGCGGGGGAGAUGCUGAAACCACAGAGAGUGAUCAUUCAGUUUUAGACUCUAUCAAAAAAGAACAGGAAGCAGUAUUGUUAGACUGACUGUGAAACUUGUUUUUUUAAAGAAAACGUUACGUUUGUUUUAUUCAUAUUUUUUUAUUCGACUUAUCUUCCUCCCCUCCCCCCCACCAUAACUACACUGACAUGAAAGGAAGUCUGAUUCUGUCCCUUUUCCCAGUAAAAGCCUAACAUUAAUAAAGGGUAUUAUAUCAAAUUGUAACUAUUGAUUUUAAUGGAUCCCUACCAGAUCCUAUAAACUAUGCUAUGGUGAUAAAAUGGUUCAGUAACAGGACUGUAAACAAUUUGAAAGACUGUUUAAUUAUGCUUGAGUGCACUGAGAAGUGAGGUGAGAAAAAGAAAGUAAAAUGUAUGUUGGUCAAGUUACAAUUGUUUAUUCUCACAACCAAUUACCUGUUAGAAGAAGACUAGUUAAAGAAAUGGAAUUCCCCAAGUUAAAUGCUUAUAGUUAUGUCUAUUAGUCAUUUUACAAAUGCUCAGAAAUUCCGUUAAUGGAAGCAAGGAUCCAUUUUUUUUAACCUGCACUAUUUUUGACAAAUGUUUAUUUCCAGAUCAGUCAAUUGAUAUUAUGUCCAUUCACAAAGUGUAUGACUAAGAUUAUGACCCCAAGCACACUUGAGUUGGCAGUAAAUCCCAUCCGUGGGGCUCAAACUUCCAAGCAAAAUGUGCUUAGGUUCAGAUUUUACUAAAAUAGCAGUAAUAAUGUGAUGGCAAUCGUUUUAUAUGCAUAAUGUGUGUGCCUGUGUGCAUGCACAAAUGUAUGUACUUCAGGCAAAUGUAUGCAUGCACCCUUUUCAAAGAAAUUGACCACUGGUUUUGAACAACUGAACAGUUUUUAACAUCAGAGAAAAAUACUCUUUUUAGAAGCAUAUUUAAAUUGCACCAGGCCAUAUGAAUAUUUAUAUCUCAUUGAAUGGAAAAAAAUAAUGUUGAAGUGUAUUAUCACUCAAAACCUGAAAGAAAUCAAUGAGAAGAAGUGUACAUGGUAGUCCUUCUACCUAACUCCCUCUGGGAGUAACAGUUUUCAGCCCGUUUUGAGAUGCAGAAAAAAGGAAAAACAAUCAAAGCAGUCAUCUGAAUUUACUUGAUUAAUUUGUGAAAAUUAAGAGAAAUAGAAUCUGAUCUUAAUGAUAUUUAAUUACUGGCCUCCUUUUAUAACAGAGCAAAAUAGAAGAAUGACAAAAUUGUAUCAUGGUUGGUUUUCAGGUAACAGUGGAACUUCAAGUGGCAACCUCUUUGUUCUUUAUGUUACAUUUUCUUAGGUUCCAGUCUAGCAAAGUAUGAAACAAAUAAAGGGGACACAUUGUACAGUCACUUUGCUAUGGACAGUCUACCCACCAAUUCAAAAUCAAGUUGUUGAUUUUUAUCUUUAUAUAUAAAUAAUACGGAUAUUCUCCAGUAGCCUAAAAAACCUAAAUUGACACAAGUGUUUUGUAAAAUCCCACCAGAAAUGCAGGCAAGUAUUUUGAUGGGGGAGAAAGGGGAGCAGAUACUGCUCUGCUCUUGUAUACAUGUUUUGUUUAAGUAUCAUCCUAUUUUGUGUCUAGCUAUGUUCUCCAGUUUGUAAGUUUUUAUACUUUAUUUCACAGAAUAA